GUGGGAUCGGGUCAUUUCCAUAUUCAAUUGUAGUCAGAAUGUCUUCAACACCAACAUCAGCCUCGAGCAGUGCUGCCACCACUACUGCUAGUAGCGGCGGAGAGGGUUCGGGUUCAAAUAAUCCUACAAGCUCACCUUUAUUAUUCUUCGUCGCCCUCGGAUUUGGUGUUGUGUUCACAAAUCUAUGGAUCAUCGUUGGAGUCAAGUACUGCUUUCGAUAUAGCCAACGAAACCGUCAGCUCCGCAGUGAGGAAGCGGGGGAGCCCAUAGACUUGGUCACUAUGCCACGACCUCAUCGCAGGAGAAGGGAGAAAAGGCUAAUGACGAUGGAUGAAGUCAACGGGCGGUUUCCACUGGUCAAAUACAAAGUGUGGAGGUCAACUCGCGCCAACCAGGGUCUUCCAACAGAAGGAGGUAUCACAGCUCCGAAUAGUAGACCCCAGAGCCUAAAAGAUGAAAGUGAUAUCGUGACAACAGCGGUUGAGGACCACACAUCGGCAAUAUCACCAUCCACCAAGGGCCACGGGCGAGUGGAUUCCAAUGAUACAUCACAAACCCCCAUUCAAGAGCUGCAAGAUGGCCCUCCAGUGCAGGCUUUGGAGGGGAAGGGCCCUUCAAUAUCUGGGAUGCCUUCUUCUACUCAACAGUCCAGUGGUGCAGGUAUCCAGAAAGAGAAAUGGCAGCAUUCUUUGACCAGCGAAAACAUGAACAUUGAUCUUGAGAACCAUGAUGGUGAUGCCUACAUUCGUAAUGCUGUUCCUGCUGAUCUUCUGCCCAACCCGGGCGAUUCUUGCGCGAUUUGCCUAGAUAUCAUUGAAGACGAUGAUGAUAUCCGGGGACUUGCAUGUGGACAUGCUUUCCAUGCCUCAUGCGUCGACCCCUGGCUGACUAGUAGAAGGGCAUGUUGCCCUCUGUGCAAGGCCGAUUACUAUGUCCCCAAACCCCGUGCACAGGCCGAAUCACAGUCUGUCACAGAUCACCAGGGUCGUCGUACAGCCUCGACCCACCCGGAUGCAAUUCUCAGACCUCCUCGAGUCGCUUGGAAUGGUGGCAGGGCAAAUGGAUUUCGGGUCCAGAUGGGCUUGCCUAGCCGAAUAUUUCAAUCGACAUCACCAGAGGAAAGAGACACAUCUCCAACCCGAGAACAGCAUGUGCGGAGUGGGCGAGAUCAACAUUUGGACCCAGUCCAUGUCUCGGAUUCUUCGAAUCAAUCUGCCUGGUCUCGAUUGAUUCCCACUCGGCUCCGCCAGUUUCCCAUCCAUUUUCCCUCUUCGAGGAGACAACCACCUGCAGUUAGGACUUCGCCUGUGGAAUCCCUGCCUUCAGAAGGACGCACACCUCGUCAAGUCGAAGCUGGUACCUCAUGA